AUGCCUUUUCAGAGGUAUCUCGAGGCGGCCCCUGUCCCAGGCCCUGUCCUCGAAAGCUACAACCACGAUCCUCGCGAUGUCGCCCUCGGCGUGGACUCUUCGACAUUUUCAAACAACGUCCAAUUCCAGGUCCCCACCCUCAUCCUCGGUGCCCCCACCCUUGCCCCAGGAGGCGGCGCCGAGGUCCUCCCGCCGGGCUUCCUCCCUUCCACCGCCUCCCUUACAUCCUCCUGGUUUUCUGACCCUGCACAUAGCAAGUACUCUGAUAACCUAGCAUCCGGCUCCGCCGCACAUAAAUACCAACAAUAUCCCCCACACAAUCUACAUCAGCAAGGGCUUCAGCUCCCCGCUCUCUCCCAGCAGCUUUCGUUUUCGCACCAAUACCCGUCAUCAAAUCGCUCAUUCUCCUCUGAUCACACGCUUCCGCAAUCUUAUCGGCACUCGUACCUUCCCGCUUCACAUGCAUCUAGUUGUGCAUCACUCGUUUCCGUCCCUGCGCCUCAGCUACCGGCCUCACUUUCUCAAAAUCCUUACGUCCCUCCAUCUUUGCCGUUGCCCAUACCUUCGUCCUACGGCUUGCCUGUUUAUUCCACUACUGGCUUUGACCUGCUUUCCAUACUGAGCCGUGUGGCUUCUCGUCCGGAUCCCAAGAUCGUCCUAGGUCCGGUGGACAUGACAUGUUCAUUCGUUGUGUCGGACGUUCGCCGCUAUGAUUCGCCGAUAGUAUAUGUGUCCCCCACAUUUUGCAAACUCACUGGAUAUGAGGAACACGAGAUCCUCGGCAGAAAUUGCCGCUUUUUGCAAUCUCCUGAUGGGCGCGUUCAGCGAGGCGAACUGCGGCGACACACAUCGCCAGAGGCCGUGAUGAAUCUCAAGCAGUGUUUGGCACAGGGGAAGGAGUGUCAGACCAGCAUUGUUAAUUACAGGAAGGGCGGUACGGCAUUCAUCAACCUGGUGACGGUCGUACCUAUCACUGGAGGCGUGAAUAAUGGCCCAGACGAAAUCGAUGACAUCGUCUAUCACGUUGGAUUCCAGGUGGAUCUCACAGAGCAGCCUAAUGCCAUUUUGCAAAAACUCAAGGAUGGCACCUUUCUUGUUGAUUAUAGCCGGAAGCAUUCCUUCUCAUCUCCAUCCACCGGCAUUGUGCGUAACUGGCGAACCAACUCGGCAGCAAUGCGUGGCGUCUCUAACGAGCUUCACACACUUCUUUCCGAUUCCGCGUUCGUCGAUUCUAUUCCAAUCUAUGCGUCCACCGUAUUCCCACUUGCGCCUGCUGCAGGAGACAAGCCUGACCAAUACGAUGGGAACCAGCCGUUGAAUAUGAUGCUGCUCGAGAGUACCCUGGAUUUCAUACAUGUCGUUUCUCUCAAAGGCGCCUUCCUAUACGUUGCCCCGGCCGUACGACGUGUCCUUGGGUACACGCCUGAAGAUCUUGUCGGCAAGUCUCUCGUGGACUUCUGUCACCCCGCAGACGUCGUUCCUCUCAUGCGCGAGCUGAAAGAAAGUUCGAUAACUCCUGGGCCCAGCAGUGCACAUGUCACAAGUAGUGAGUCGCAUGGCAAUCCUAGGCGAGUCGACCUGCUCUUUAGGAUGUCCACUAAAGCAGGAAAUAUGGUCUGGGUCGAAUGCAGGGGGCGACUACACAUUGAGCCCGGAAAGGGGCGAAAGGCGAUCAUUCUCAGCGGUCGAAUCCGCAAUAUCCCCCGAUUGAAUUGGAGCCCUAUCGCCCGCGCUGGUGGACUGUCUGUUCCUGUACCAUGUUCGGGAACGGCGGCGGGUGCGUCUACUGAAGACGAUGAGAAUGGUGAGGUUGAGACGGAGUUCUGGGGCCUACUGAGCAGACAUGGGACUUUCUUGUUCGUCAGCAUGGCUGUGCGGGACGUACUCGGCUGGGGCACAGGAGAAGUUAUCGGGAGGACCGUGAACGACUUUGUAUGCGGAUCGUCUUCCGCAAGCCAACAGCAGAGUAUUCAAGAAGAGCUAGCUCGUGUGUCUGCUGCUGAUGCAAUCUUGGAUACCAGGAGUACGACGUGCGAGAUGAAGCGAAAAGACGGAGCUCAGGUUGUCGUACAAAUGAUUUUGUAUCGUUCCCAAGACAGCAAUGAGCUCAUCUCAUGGUGCGAUGGUUCUUCAUCACCAUAUGGCUCACAUAGGCAGAACUUUCCCAGCCCAGUCGUAUGCCAGAUCAAACUCUGCGACCAUUCGUCGUUGACGAUACCUCGCGCUGGAUAUAUCGUGCAUCCACUGGGCGACAGCGUUUUCGACGAGCUGAGGAUCGCGAGAGGAAGUAGCUGGCAGUAUGAGCUGCAACAGCUGAAGUAUGCGAACCAACGCAUGAUGGAGGAAAUCGCUACCCUCGAGCAGACAGUUACCGGCAGGACUUGUCACUCCCCGGUGCUGUUGGCUCAGCCUCAACCCCCCUUGCAUCCGCAGCUUCAACUCUCACAUCCUAUUCUGCAACAGUCGCAGGGUUCAUACUAUUCCGAUGAGCUGCAAUACUCUUCCCCGCGGGUAGAUGAUCGUCGGCAGCACGAGUGGAGACAGCGGUCUGUCGCAUAUCAUGACGGUGAACUACCGUUGUACUCAAUAAACCAACUCCCCAUGAAGCGAUCAUGGGAUGGCUCCGAUGAUGGAGGUCCUACUUAA